GUUGUGCUAUCAAAAUUUUAAAGAAGUUCUAGAACAUGGCACACAACGAUCCAACAUCUAAUGUUGUGAUACCGAACUCAGGCCCAAUGAUGCCUGUCCCAAACCAAGGAACAUCAGUAGAUGUUAAGUCUACAGCAGUUGUAAAAUACACUUCUGUUAAGUUUCCGGUUCAAAUUUCACAAAUUCGCCAGAACACAGAUCUCAACCAUCCACCAAGUGAUAGACACCAUUCAGGUUAUUAUAUGUUUUCUGACAGGACGAGGCAUGCAACUAGGGAAAAGUUUUCGGAAUUCUUGAGUUUAAACAUGGCGGACACAUACCAAGAUUUAGUAGGACAGGUCGAUGUUAUUUCAUCAUCAAAGAAUAUCAAAGCUCUACUAAAGAUGCCCUACAGUGACUCCCCUCACAUCAGCAUUAUGGUUCACAGACUUAGAAAAACCUUACUGUUGGAGGAAUUUGAUGUCCACAAAAAUCUUCUAAAAAUGCAUGCUGAGGACUGGAGCUGGCUAAAGAAGUAUUACUAUACUGUCGUUACUAAAGAUCAAGAGAAGGCAAAAUUUUUAACCGGUACCACUACAAAACGAGAUUCAUUUGCAGAGAAUAUGUACAUGAAUCUUAUUCGUCAUUGUUAUGCUGCCAGCAUUGAAGAUGAGAAGUGCACAGCCUUAGAAGCACACAAAGACAAAUCCAGACAGAUGCAGCCCAUUCCAGAAACAUUAGAGGACCUGAAAGGAUUCCAUCAUGAGACAAUGUGGAAGUUUGAGGACAUGAGCAUGUUGAUUGACAGCGACCUGCCCAUAUUUGGUCACGGUGAGACCCCGCGUCCCUGCAUCAGCUUGAGACUAAGAGACGCAGGGUCACCGCCCAUAAACAUUUUAACUGGCCUGGACUACUGGCUUGAUAAUCUAAUGAGUAAUGUACCGGAGGUGGCCAUGUGCUACCAUGUCAAUGGCUUUGUGAAGAAAUAUGAAGUGAUAAAGACAGAAGACAUACCUAACCUGGAGAAUUCAAAAUUUGACCCGAAUGAAGUUUUAGACAUCGCCCAGAAUAUAAUGUCCUUUAUUAAAAGAAAUGCUGCUGUAGAGGGCCAUACCUACUGGCUUUACAAAAGUGAGAAUGAUGACAUGGUCAAGCUGUAUGACCUGACAGACUACUGUAAAAAUGAAAUCAUGGAAGGUGACAACCCCUUCACAGUUCCUGUUGGGCUGCUGUGUCAUCGAGUGGGCAGCAAUUUGAAAAGAACUGGACAGAGGCGUAUGGCUGAUGCUAGGGCAAUGUUUGAAAACUGUUUGCGAUUGUUGGAUGAUGCAAAACAUGCCCAGGUAUGUGCUGAUGCCCAUCUCCACUUGUCUGAUAUGUGGGUGCCAGAUAAAUCUGUCAUUGAUAUCUGGCAAGAAAAAGGAAAAAUUUCUGACCCACCUUCAGAUUUGUAUGAUGAAGAUGAAGCAAGCUCUGAUGAGAGCAAUGGCGUAGAUUUACAGUCAAGGGAGAUCAGUCAUACAGUUGAUGAUGGCGUAAAAGCUAUCACUGGGGAGGCAGACACCGCAACUGAUAGGACGCAGGAAGAGCUGAAAAAUUCUGUGGCACUCAAAGAGUUGGUUGUGCGCGGAAUGAUCAAGCGCAAGGCGUGGGAGGUUGUGCAUGCUUGUAGGAUAGCUGGGACAACGGAUGAACGCUGUAGGAUGGCUUUAACUCAUAUCCGUAAGGGGCUUAACUGUAUAGAUCGAGAUCAAGGAAAAGGAAAAAACAUUGGCCUAGUAGAGAAACAACAGACAUGCAGCCCAUCAAAGGCCAUCCCUUUGUUUUAUCAACCACUUAAUGUGGCUGGAAAGGACAGAGCUAAAGAGAGUUCAGACAGAGCUAAAGAGAGCACAGAGCAGGAAGAAGGGGACCCAGAAAUGUGUGACCCCUCUAGGGCCAUUCCCCUGAAAUACACACCCCUGAACAAGAUGCAAGACUCGGCCGGCAACAUGGAGCAGUUGUCCAACAUCUUAGACGCCAUCAAUAUCAGAACAUCAGCUGAUCAUGUGACGCCCGUCUCUGGCUCUAACAGCUUCCUGUCAGAGGUCACUGACAAGUCAGACGCAUCUGAGGGGUCAAGCAGGUCAGGAUGUCAUGACGAGAGAGCCGUAUAUGACACAUGGCAUGUUGACGCCAAAUUCCAGCUCCUUAGGAAGGCUGCCAUCACUUACUUUAUUUUGGCCAAGGAGUUUUUUGAGAUAAAAAAAUACGGGCACACACUUCGGCAUCUUCGUUAUGCUGUUCACUGUUACGAGGCGUGUGAGCUAUUUAAAAGUGUGAAAGAUGACUCUCAAGAUUUGUAUGUCAUGUUGCUGUACUUGGCUGCGCAGGCUCGAUGCUGCCUGGUGUCCAACUGGCACCAGUGUCACAGAGACUUUGAUGAGCUUGGAGAAGAAGAAGCCGCUAUAUUACAUUCUGCUCAGACAGUCAUUCCUACACCAAAGAACUCGUGGGUUUAUGAAUGGCCCAGCAGUCAAGAAGCCAACAUGCUUGCAGCCAAUGAGCUUUAUGAGGAAGCUUUUAAACUCCCAGCCUUAGAGAAAAAAUCCGCCUCAUUUAGGUUACUCAUGAAGAAAAACCACGCAGCCUGUGUGAUGAACCUGGGGAAUACCCAGAUGGAGAUUUGUAAAGAUAAAGUAAUGAACAACAAAGACUUGUUUGAAAACAUAAAAGCGGUAUGGGAAAAAGGUAUGAAAAACUACCAGAAGUCCAUCAGGAUGUUUGAGGCUGUCAAUGACAGGAACACUGCAGGCCAUGUCUGUAGCAACGCUGCCUAUCUGCAUGUCAUAGCUGCUGCCAGCGUCCAUAACUCCACCACAGAGAUUGGUUUCCUGCCCCAGGAGAAGGAUCAUUUACUUAAGGCUAUUGAAUGGUAUGAGAAAGGGCUGAGCAAGUAUGACCGAGGUGAAGGGAUGGACGAUGCCCGAGAAAAUAUCUACCACAACAUGAGGAUGCAGUACCAGGAGAUGGCCACAAGAUACUUCCUCAUUCCUCCCAGAUCUGUGACAGAACAGGAUUUGCGAAGUAUGAAAGACCUCAUUCAGAAAUCUUUGUCCUACUGUUUUUUGACUGCUGGAGGCAGGCAGUUAAAAAAGAGCCAGAUCUGUGCAGGGCUGAACCACUUGAACCUGGCCAGGAUUUUUGAUGUGGAAAGUUUUAAAUCUACCCACCAGACAAGAAAGAAAAAUUUUAAACAGAAAAUGGAAGAAAAUUUUCAAAAAGCGUUUGAGAUCUACCACCAGAUCAAAUGGCGGAGGUCACAGAUGUGCGUCAAAUAUUUCUGGUUGGAGACCAUUACAGAAGAAGCUGAAGCUAAUGCAUCUGUCAAGGGGAAAAAGAAAUUGUUUCAUGCAGUCUUCACCCACCUGUGUGAACUUCUGCCUCCACUGUAUGCUAUAGAAAAUAAUGACUUUGACCCUGAAGACAAUUUGGAAAUUCUGAGCACAAAUUUUCUGUGUGUGAAGAAACUGCACACUGAUCUCAAUACAGCCCUCAUGAAAUACUUCAAAUUGGACAAGUCCAACAGCAGUAUAAAACAGCUGUACCAGCGGAGUCUAGGACUGGUUAACAGCACAACUCUGGUGGAGCUGCUCAAGCCGCUCUGUGCCAUUCUUGUUGACCUCAACAGUUUACUGACCACUGACUUACUCCACUAGUUGACCUACUGACCACUGACUUACUACACUAGUUGACCUACUGACCAAUGACUUACUACACUAGUUGACCUACUGACCUGUGACUUAUUCCACCAGUUGACUAACUGACCACUGACUUACUCCAGUAGUUGACCUACUGACCACUGACUUACUCCAGUAGUUGACCUACUGACCACUGACUUACUACACUAGUUGACCUACUGACCUGUGACUUAUUCCAUUAGUUGACCUACUGACCACUGACCUACUGCACUAGUUGACCUACUGACCUGUGACUUAUUCCACUAGUUGACCUACUGACCACUGACUUACUCCACUAGUUGACCUACUGACCAAUGACUUACUACACUAGUUGACCUACUGACCUGUGACUUAUUCCACCAGUUGACUAACUGACCACUGACUUACUCCACUAGUUGACCUACUGACCACUGACUUACUCCACUAGUUGAUCUACUGACCACUGACUUACUCCACUAGUUGACUAACUGACCACUGACUUACUCCACUAGUUGACCUACUGACCACUGACUUAUCCAUGUGUUGUGGAUGUGACAAAAUGAGUGAUUUGAGUGGACAGCUUGUGUGACCUGUAUGGGCUGUGUGAUGUGAGUGGGCAGUGUGAGUGAUGUGAUCUGAGUGGCCAGUUUGAAUGAUUUGUUGUGUGUGGGUAGUGUGCAGCCUGCAUGUAUACAUAUUUUUCUGCUGUGCCAGCACUUUAUAAAGCAGCUGUUGUUUGUCUUUCAAAUUUGUAUUAUGUUAAUAUCACCAACAGUUUUUGUUAAAAAAUAUACAUCA